GCGAGAGUUCAUCUUCUCCUUCCUGUUUCCUACACCCAGAAUUCUAUAAGUCGCUGCUUCAUAUUUUGGUUGAAGAGACUCCUUGGGGUGGUGGUUUGCGUAAACAUAUCAGCAUUUGCAGUGGAGACAAAUAAAUACUGUAAGGGGCUGUGAUUAAUUCACACCUUCCAUCUGAUUCUUUCCUAUCAAAUUCUUGACACGCGAUCGGUUCUCAUCACAGUAUUAGAACUUUCUAUGAUAAAGUGAAAAUCUUCGAUCGGAGUGAAAAUCUUGCUGUCAGCUUGAGUCAAUCGAGUUUGGCCCUUAUAAAUAAUAAUUUAAAACGUCCCACGGUUUUAUGGUUGCCAUAUUAAUUUAAGCUGGCCAUGCAUGACAAAUGAAACACGACUGCUAUAGGAGUCAAGAUUAUGCAAUCACACAGAAGAGAUCUCUCAAAGAUUUUAUCAUUAAUUAGUUUUCCGAUUCCUUCCUUUCAUUUAAUUUUCUGGGGUCAAGAUUCUGUAUGAGAUCCAUGCAUAUUCGUAAUCCAAACCACUGUUCCAAAUGUUUUGUUUUUUUCGUUGAGAUCAAACAUUCCACUACUAUGUUAUGAAAUCACGCUGCUAGGGAUGACAACUUUGCCCAUACUCAUGGAUUUCUUACUAUCCAACCCAAUUGGGUUGGGUAUGAAAUCCAAAUAGAUGGAUAUGGGUAGAGUUUGAUGAGUUUGUACCCAUACCCAUUUACUUUGGGUUGAGUUGGGUUUAUAUCAAAUGGAUUAGGGUUUGUACCCAUGCCCAAAUACAAAUUACAAUUUGGUACCCAAACUUAAUAGAUAUGCAUAUUUAGUACCUAAAUUUAAUUUUUUUUGCAUAUAAGUCCUCAAAAUAUCGAUGGAAAAUUACGUUUUGGUACCUAAAUUUUUUUUGGUCUUACAUUUUGGUACCUAAACUUUUCAAGUUUUGCAAAUAGGUCCAAUUUUGGCAUGUGUAGUUAAAUCACCCUCAAGUAAAUGGAUAUCCAUAUCCAACCCAUACCCAUUUAGAUUAUGGAAGCCCCAAACCCAAACCCAUCUAUAAACCCCCAAAUCCAUAUGCACUUCACCCAUACCCAACCCAUUAUCAAUAGGUCUACUUGGGUUUGGGUAUAAUUACCCAUGGGUGGGUAAUUUGCCAUCCCUACACGCUGCAGAUUAAUUCGUUACAAGAAUCACACUAUAAGAUUCAAAAAGCUGUUAUUGUUAAUUGUUCCCAAUAUGCCUAUUUUCGGGUGAAAAUGCUGACCAAACGGCCGUUUUUGUUAAUUGCAUGGUUGUCAUACCACGCGGUUGAACCUGGUUCAACCUGUGCUGGUCAUGAAACCGGCAUGACACUACCGGUAUGAUCGACUUACGUAUUUUAAGUAAAAUGACAUCAUUUUAAUGAAUUUAAUGAAUAAAAAAAAUUUAUUAUUUAUUUUAUGAUUGUAAUAGUUGAAAGUUGAUGAUAUUUGUUGGAAAUGAUUAAAUACAUUGGAUAUUAAUUGUUAUCACAUUUUUUUAAACCGGCAUGAACCGGCACAAACUGGUUAUACCACCGGUCGUACCAUUCCACUUACUAAACCGGCACAACGAUAUAAACCGGUUUGACAACCUUGGUUAAUUGUUACCAAAACGCUUUACACUAUGUUUGGCAACAAAAGAGUGCAAAUUCGAGUGGGGUACAAGUUGAGGGAUCAAUUGAAGUAAGGUGCAAAUGCGUUGGAAACUGUGUUUACCCCUCCCAUUAUUUACACCUCUUUCCCAAACAAGAGUGUUAGAGAAAAACAUUCUACCAUAUCGCUAAUCGAAAAAGCGUUUGAAAGUAAUGCUGCUAACACCAAGUGUAGAAUUGAAACCCUAACUUAAAUAUUCAUUGAUCAUCAUUGUGCCUCUUAUAUACAAGGAUUGAACACUACGAGACAAGAAACUAUGAGUUUUGUUGUCCUCUACGGUAUUUAGUAACAUAAAUUGAUUGUUAAUUAGGACAACUAUUUUUGCUCACAUAAGUAUAUGAAUGGCUCGUUUGGUAAAGCAUGUAAUCUAUCCACAGAUUUCAAGAUUACAUGAUAUAUGAGAUUUCACUGUUUUCUUGUUCCAUCUUCGUGCAGUUAUCAUGAUAUUGGUGCACCAUGCAAUUCUAGAAUUCAUGUGACCAUGAUAUCUCAAAUGUUUUGGGUUUACCCAAAGUAUUUGACAUUUCAUGCCAAAUUAUGUGAGUUCUACCAUGAACUCAUGCAAGCCAAACUAUUAUACAAGUUCUCACAACUCAACCUACAAUAUGUCAAGAACCAGUUGAUCCCAAUAACUCGAGUUGUUGGGAGAAGUUCAAUCGUGGAUCAUAUACCACAACACUAACACGCCCCCCCUCAAACGAAAGCCACUCACAAGGGCUUGAAGUUUGCACAGGUCUGAAGACAAGAAUACAAUGUGCUUAACAAAUGGGGGUCACCGGGAAUCGAACACAAGACCUUUCGGUCACAGAAGGCUCUGAUACCAUGUCAAGAACCAGUUGCUCCCAAUAACUCGAGUUGUUGGGAGAAGUUCAAUCGUGGAUCAUAUACCACAACACUAACACGCUCCCUCAAACGAAAGCCACUCACAAGGGCUUGAAGUUUGCACAGGUCUGAAGACAAGAAUACCAUGUGCUUAACAAAUGGGGGUCACCGGGAAUCGAACACAAUGCCUUUCGGUCACAGAAGGCUCUGAUACCAUGUCAAGAACCAGUUGCUCCCAAUAACUCGAGUCGUUGGGAGAAGGUUAUGCUGGAUCUUAUACAGGCCCGUGUGUGGUGCUUAACCACUUCCUUACACGCCCCCUCAAACGAAAGCCGACUUAUGGGCUUGAAGUUUGCACAGGCCCAACCCUACCAUGUCAAGAACCAGUUGAUCCCAAUAACUCGAGUUGUUGGGAGAAGUUCAAUCGUGGAUCAUAUACCACAACACUAACACAAUGUACAUGAGUUCUUCAAAUACAAGAAUUCUACAUCACCUACAUUAAUAAUUAGGGCUAAUACCACUACAACACCCGAACUAUCCAAAAAAUGCCACUUGUGUCCUAUUGUUUCCAAUAUUCCAUCUGUGUCCUGAACUAUAUGAGUUUGUGACAUUUGUGUCAUGGCGUCUUACGUUGACCGUUAAAGAUAACUGUUGACUUGACGGAAGUCAAACUAGUGUUGACUUUCACAGAUGUGGCAGAAAAGUGGCAUCCACAUAGAUGCCACCUCAUUGACAUGUCAUUACUUAAUUAAAAAUAAAAUUAUUUUAAUAAAAUUAUAAUAACUAUAAUACAAAAAAUACAAAAUUCUUAGAAAUUAAAAAAUAAAUUGCUCCCAUCUUCCCAAUCUCCCCAUCUCUGCUUCUUCCUCUUCUCCCAUUCUACAAUGGCAACCCAACUGACAGUGAAGCUCUCCUCGAUUGGAUUCGGCGAUGCCUGCCUUCUCCCGUUCGACUACAGCUGUCAGCGGCGGGUGUGUGGAAAGACGCCGAGAAAUCAAGCGGCAAGUUUUCACCUCUCCAGCUCUGCCACAUCUCCACAAGUCGUCGAUUCAUCUCUAGAUCUAUCUUUCCUCUGCCCUCAAGUUCAUCUCCAUCUCUUUGUCACCGCUUGGCUUCGAUCGCCUCUUGCAGUCGUCCAGAAGUGGAAAUGGUUUUUUAUCUUUCCAGAUCCGGAUUUCAAAGCUCGAUGUUUCAAGUCGUCGCUCACCAACUCGCCUCCUUGGCGGUCUUCGUGGCCGGUCAAACCGAGGAAGUCCCUUGUAAAGCGACAUCUGGGUCUGUGCCGCGGCGGCCUGGGUUGCGUCCAGGGUGGCGGCCUUCUGGAGAAGCCCGGUGGCGGAGAGGUGGUGCGACGGUGGAUGAGGGUGGUGGUAGAGGGGUGAUGGGGUCGGGAAUUGAUGAGAUUCCGGUUUGAUGUGGAUGUCCUGCCAGGCCGCUGCCAGUAAGAUUUGUGACAAGAGAGGAGAAGAGGAAUGGGAACCUUCUAGGGUUUGUUGGAGCGGCGGGUUGUUUGGUGUAGUUGCAUCGGCGGAGGCGAGUUGGUGGGCUACUCCUCUUCCCCCUGCGUUCCUCACUCCGCCAGCUUCUCUAUGUCUUCCUCCACCUCCAUUCCAUUGAAACAGGAGAAUCGUGCAGGAGAGGAGAGACAGACCUGUGGAGAGAGAAAGGGCUAGAGAAGCACGGUCGCCGAUGGGGGUUCAUCGGAGAUCAAAGGAAAAGGACGGUCGGAGAUGAGGCGACGAACGACGGAUCGGAUGCAAUUGAUUGAAGUUUUGGUGAGAAGGUGCGGAUUUUUCUUCAGAAGUUGGAGAGAAAGAAAGUGAAUUGAUUUGAGUUAUUGUUUUAUUUUUGUAAUUUUCCAUAAUUUUUUAUUUUGUUUUCCUUAUUUUAAUUAUUUUAGAUGGAAAAAUAAAUGAAAAUUGAUAAUGAAAAUUCCAAGUCAGACGCCACGUCAACGCUGACUGGAUUUUCUGUUAAAUACUAACGGUCAACGCCGGUCAACACUAACAGAAUAAUAGUUCAGGACACAGAUGGAAUAUUGGAAACAAUAGGACACAAGUGGCAUUUUCCGGAUAGUUCGAGUGUUGUAGUGGUAUUAGCCCUAAUAAUUAUUCUUUCUUACUUUUCCUACGGGGAAAAAUAUAGCAGUUGCAGCUGGUUGCCUUCUCCAUAUUCUCAAUCUCCCAACUUGUUUUCUUUCUCCAUUCUACAUAGUUUUGUCCCAUUUAUCACCAAGUAGUCACUAUAGGUAAAAUUUGAUUGUUGGAGUAACAUUAGGUUUUGAGCAAGCAAUGCUUUCAACAACAAGGUUAGAGGUAUUAAAAUUAGAUUUGUAAGAUAUAUUAGGAUUUUGAAUGCGGAUUGUAGGCUAUAUUAGGGUUUAUAAUUUAGAUGGUAGCUUAUAUACUAGUGUUGUGAAUGUAUAUUGUAGGAUGGAGUUAGGGUUUAGAAUGGGAUUGUAUGUUAUAUUAAAUUCUAGAAUUGAGAAUGUGUGAUAUACGAGGCUAGGAUUCUUUUUGUUGAUUGUUGGUCUCAAGGUUCGAGCCCUUGGUGUGGUGGAUGUUCUCAUUCAACGUAGGAUUUUUUUUAUCUAUGUAGUAAAUUAUCUUUAUGUGAUUAUUAGUUAUGUUAAAUUGAAGAUAUGAGAGGAAAAUUCGGGAAAUUCAAGCUACCUAUAUGGUUGAGUUAUCGAAUGACGAACUUACAUUAUGGGAUUAAUCACAAAAGUGGUGAAUUGACUGAGCAAGGUAUUGAAAACAACUAAACAAGUUGACAUGACAAGAACUCUUCCAAUUUUGUGAUGAACAAACUUACAUUGAGCUAUUGAAUAACGAACAAACCUGUGGGAGUAUUACCCGACAUGAUCCGUUCGUUGAGCGGGACGAGUAUGGGUAUUGAGAUUCUUAUCCUGUCUCACCUGUUUGCCAGUUUUUUGUGAUGGAUUUGGAUCCAUCAUGGGCUUUCUCCAUACUCUAUUAUUUGCUUCAUGUAUUUAGGGACAACAAAUUCGUGAAAUCCAUGGACUUUAAUUAAGGAUCCAAAUUCGUGGGCUUCACAAACUUGAAAAUCACAUUUCUUAUAUGUGAGAAUUAGUCAUGGAUUUGAAGUCCAUCAUUUAUGACCAACCUAUUCUUCCUAUUUCAUUUCUCUUCUCAUACUAACGAGAGUAAUAAGGUCAAUUUCACUUAAUAUAUACAAAUCUAAUAAACAAAACUCAUCAUGAAAUUGACAAAACAAAUAAUUCUAUUUUUU